GGCGGCGACGACGGCGCCGUCGGCCUCGCCGCACGCGGCGAGCGCCACGACGGGCGCGGCCGCGCCGCCGCCGAAGAGUCUCGUCUUCCCCGCCACAUCGCGCAGCGCGACGAAGCUCGAGUCGCCCGCCUCGUCGCCGACGCGCAGCGCGCAGACGUCGCCGCUCCGGAGCGGGAAGCACGCGGUCCGCGGCGCCGCCCAGCACGCCAUCGUCACGCGCUCGGGCGCGCCGAGGACGUCCUCGAGCGAGAAGGCGCGGCCCUCGAGGCGCCGCGUGCGCGCGGCUGCCGCGACGCCGCCGCCCAAGUCGACGACGUGGACGUGCGCCUGUGUUAUGGCGAGCGCGACGGCGCGGCGGGCGCCGCCCCCGGCCGGCACCUGCGCGGGCAUCGAGCGCUGAGCUACUGCCACAGUGGUCGACAGCAUGGGCGUUUUUUCCGCGCCGGGCGGCGCGACGCGGCAGCACGCGUCGCCGCGCGCCGGCGCCGGCGACGCGAGGCGGAGCGCCACGCACGGCGGCGCGACGUCCUCGUCGUCCGCCGCGAGCGCCAGCUCGCCCAAGACGAGGACGUCGCCCGCGCAGCGCCAGACGAGCAGCGCGCCCGCGUCGUCGGCGGCGCCGCCGCCCCACGCGGCCAGGAGCCCGAGCUGCUCGCCGCGCGGCGCCGGCGACCAGGGCGUCGACGCCGCUAUUGGUGCGAGGCCGUCGGCGACCGCGUAGUGCUCCAUGUCCAUUGUCUGAGAGCCCUUGCGAUGAUGCCGCGCGCGCCCAAGGACCUGGUCUUGUUUGCUUGCCUAGUGUCUUACAAGCCGCUAGCCCGUUUUUAUUUUGAGAGUUUCGUCGCGGUCUUCCUCCUUUGGGCCAGUUCGAGGUGUGUCGGCCUCAAGGGCAGCCUUCUUAGGACGCGUGCGGGUUGCGUCACGGUAAGCGCAAGACAGUCAGAGUUUGCCACACGGUGUGUCCUUGUACCGGCGCUGGGCUCGAGGAGUACCCGCCCCGGGCUUGGCUCAGAGGCUCCUGAGGUUGCGUAGGUCAGUAGGAUAGGAUAGGAAGGGAGUUGCGGUCUAAGACUCGGAAUAAGGAA